AUGGUACCUAUUGAUGGCGAACCCAAGAAACGCGUCUGUUAUUUCUUCGACCCAGAUGUUGGAGGGUUUCAUUAUGGUCCUGGACAUCCGAUGAAGCCGACAAGGAUACGAAUGUGUCAUUCUCUUGUUAUGAACUAUGGGUUGUAUAAGAAGAUGGAGAUUUUCCGCGCAAAGCCAGCCACGGAACGCGAAAUGACACAGUUCCAUUCGGACGAAUACGUCAAGUUUUUGAAGCGCGUUACCCCUGCGAAUAUGAGUUCCUUUGUUAAAGAACAGCAUAAAUAUAACGUAGGAGACGACUGUCCUGUGUUUGAUGGGUUGUUUGAUUACUGUUCGAUCUCGGCUGGUGGUUCUAUGGAGGGUGCGGCGCGUCUAAGUCGGGAUAAAUGUGAUAUCGCUGUGAACUGGGCGGGCGGGUUACAUCAUGCAAAAAAGAGCGAAGCGAGUGGGUUUUGUUAUGUUAAUGAUAUCGUGUUGGGAAUCCUCGAGUUAUUAAGAUACCACAAUCGCGUACUAUACAUCGACAUCGAUGUACACCAUGGCGACGGUGUCGAAGAAGCAUUCUACACAACAGACCGCGUCAUGACCGUCAGUUUCCACAAGUACGGUGAAUACUUCCCUGGGACGGGUGAAGUUCGGGAUAUUGGUAUUGGGAGAGGACGAGGUCACUCGGUGAAUUUUCCGUUGCGAGAUGGGAUUACGAACGAGAAUUAUAAGGCGAUUUUCGAGCCGGUCAUCAACGAAGUGAUGCGUGUGUAUGAUCCUGGUGCGAUCGUACUACAAUGUGGAACGGACUCGCUUUCUGGUGACAAGCUUGGGUGCUUCAACUUAUCCAUGCGAGGGCACGCAAACUGCGUAAAGUUCGUCAAAUCAUUCAACAAGCCUUUGCUCAUGCUUGGUGGAGGCGGGUAUACGAUGCGAAACGUUAGUCGAGCUUGGGCGUACGAAACCGGUCUUGCAGCAGGCGUGGAGCUUGGAAGCGAAAUUCCUGUUAACGAGUACUAUGAGUAUUUCGGUCCGGACUACAAACUUGACGUGCGGUCGUCAAAUAUGGAAGACUUGAACACUUCCGCGUACUUGAACCGCGUCAAGAGUAUCGUGAUGGAAAAUCUCAGAUCAUUGGGCGGACCACCCAGCGUUCAGAUGAUGGACAUACCGCGACUCCCUAUUGACGACGUACUUGAUGAUCCAAGUCGAGACGAGGACACGGUAAAUCCUGACAAGCGCCGACCAAUGCGGUUACUGGAUAGUCUUGUACAGAGGGAUGACGAGUUCUCAGAUUCGGAGGACGAAGGUGAGGGCGGACGGAAGAACCACGCGCGGCAUCGCGAUGCGGAUAGCGCCGUCUCGCCCAGUCGACGCUUCGGAGUCGGUGUUGGCAUCAUGGGUGCUGCUCCUCCUGGUCUAGGCUCCGCAGCGGCGGCUGUUGCCGGUGGCGUACCAAUUGGUGUGGGUGGUGUAGGUAGUGGUGGUCCUAGCGCGCAUAUAGCUGUGGAAUCUCUCGUAAAACGCAAGGGCGAGGACGAAGAUGAGGUAACCGAGGUACCGAUGGAUGAUGAGUCGCUCCAGGCAGAUGUGGUGAUGGAUGAUGCGGAUGAAAAUGCAGAGUCGGCAGCAGCGACUAGCAAUAAAUCUAUUACGCCUCCUCAGGAGAUGGAGAUUGAAGACACUCCGCCACCCCCACCGCCUGUGACUACUGUGUCAGGUGGCACGACCAGCGAGGCGAAUCAUUCGUCUUCAAAAGCACCAGAGCGUGCACCUUCGGAGGCGCAGUCAUAG